AUGAGAAAGGUCCCACAUCACGGGUUGCCCAAGUGGCAACAGUGUCAGAUCUUCUAUCAUGGUUUGGACAGUCAGGGACAGAUGAUGGUUGAUACAUACUCGGGUGGUGAUAUCGGCACGAAAAAUGCCACCGAGGCAUUUGAGAUUCUUGAAAAGUGUGUCGUGAAAAACAGGACGCAACAGCCCCCGAGGGGAAAGAGUUCUCGGCAAGGAGUUCAUCAUGUGGACGACUACACAACCAUGACAGCACGUAUGGAUGCCUUGUCUUCGAAAUUUGAUCGAGUGAUGGAAAUGCACUCGAGAGGUUCUUCGAGUGGGGGAGCAUAUCAGGUAGGUGAUUUUCCGACGGGAGAGAUGUCACACGAGCAUGUUGAUUUCAUGGGAAACCAAUACCGUCCUCAAAACAAUCCCUACAGCAAUACUUAUAAUCCGGGGUGGAAGAAUCAUCCAAACUUUAGUUGGAAGCCCGAUGCUUCUAACCAGCAUCCACCCGGAUUUGCUCCACGUCCCACAGCUCCGACCCAUGGAGCAUAUGGUCCACCUCGUCCUCAGCAGACGCCCCCUUCUAGUGAUACUAGUGUGCAUGAUAUGCUUAGUCAAAUCUUAGCUGGUCAAAACACUCAAAAAGCGGAGAAUGAGAAGCGUUUUAGGGAGUAUGACGGUCAUUUCACGAGGCACGAGAGGGGCCUUCCGAGCAACACAGAGCCAAAUCCAAAUGCUACAGCAAAGGCCAUCACAUUGAGAAGCGGCAAGACCGCUCAAGCCAUCCCUCCGGCUGUUUCAGAAAAGCCAGUCGAUGACGAGGAGGUUGAUGAGGAGAUUGAGGCUGAGUCUCCGGGUGAGGUGCAACAGAGGCGAGUCCCAGCAAGUACUGCACGACCCAAGGAGCCAGUGAGAGAGUAUGUCCCUCCCAUUCCAUAUCCGGGGAGGUUGAAGAAGCAGAAAAUGGAAGAACACUAUGGUAAAUUCCUCGAGCUUUUUAAGCAACUUCAUAUAAAUUUACCAUUUGUCGAGGCACUUGCUCAAAUACCUAAGUAUGCCAAGUUUCUGAAGGAUAUCCUAUCCAACAAAAAGAAACUUGAGGAGCUUUCGCAGGUGACCUUGAAUGAAGACUGUUCAGCGGUUCUUUAG